AAAAAUAAAUUAAUUAAUAACCCCUUUGACUACAACUAUAAAGAAAGUAGCAUUGAAUUCUUAUUCAAAUUGACAAGCUUACUACAAACUCUCAUGUCCAUUAUAUUUCAUUUACGUGCCACCAACGGCUAACACCCUUACCAACUUCUCUCUCUCGUCAACUCCCACUCCUUUUCCCGCAAUAUUCAACUUCUUUCACCCAAUUACAUUUCUUCUUCCUUAAUCUUUCCCAAGAUUUUAUCACUCUUUUUCUCAACUUCUUAUUAAUAGACUUCAAUAAAAAUCUUUGUUUUUUCAAUGUAUAACGUCAUUAUUUUCCGUUGUAUAUAUAUAUGUCCUACCCAAAAAUCAAUUAAUCUUCAACUGGGUUUUUUUUUUUUAUAAAAAAGGAUUAAUUUCAUUUUAAAAAUGGACGAUUUCUAGAAUAAUUUGACGAAAAAAGUCGGCUUUUUUAUAACCCAUUUAGUGAUUACUAAUUUUGAAGUUUUACUUUUACACCCAUUUGUGAAAAGCUAAUGUAUGUUUGAAAGUUCUUCAAUGGAAACAAGCAGGUGAUAGAAUAAUUGGUUUUGAUAAGAAGCAUAUAAGGUGUUCGACGGAAUUUCCCUGAGAAGAAAUGAAGUGUUUUUAUUAUUUUAAAGAGAAGACUCGUACCAGGGGACAUAAAUCAGCCCCUGAAUUGCGAAACCCAGUUAACAAAUCUGAUAAUUCUGGCACUGAUUCUGGUAGUGGAGUGAUGAAAUCUACAGGGUCGGAGAUUUUUCGACGUGGGAUUUCUGAUUUGUAUGAAGAAAAAUCUCCCAAUUUAAGGGUUUUUUCAUGGUCGGAGCUUAGAAUUGCUACUAAUGAUUUUAACAGGAAGCUGAAGAUUGGUGAAGGUGGGUUUGGUUGUGUUUAUCAAGGGAAGAUUAAGCCUGUUGAUGGGCAAGGUGAUCCUAUAUUGGUUGCUGUAAAGAAGCUAAAUAAAGAUGGUUUUCAGGGUCAUAAACAAUGGCUGGCAGAAGUUCAGUUUCUUGGUGUUGUGGAACACCCUAAUCUUGUCAAGCUCAUAGGAUACUGCGCUGUGGAUGGAGAGAGAGGGAUACAGAGAUUGCUCGUUUAUGAGUACAUGCCUAACAAAAGUUUGGAAGAUCACCUUUUUAAGAAGACAUACCCACAUCUUCCUUGGGAAAAAAGAAUGCAGAUUAUCAUUGGGGCUGCUCAAGGAUUGGCUUAUUUACAUGAAGAACUAGAAGUACAGGUGAUAUUUCGUGAUUUCAAGACUUCAAAUGUACUAUUGGAUGAGAAUUUCCAAGCGAAGCUGUCAGACUUUGGGCUAGCUAGGGAAGGUCCAACUCCAGGAAGUAGUCAUGUUUCAACAGCUGUGGUUGGCACACAUGGCUAUGCUGCUCCUGACUACAUAGAAACAGGGCAUCUCUCAUCAAAGAGCGAUGUAUGGAGUUUUGGUAUUGUAUUGUAUGAGAUUCUAACUGGAAGACGAUCAUUAGAAAGAAGCCUUCCAAAGCCUGAGCAACAAUUGUUGAGCUGGGUGAAACAAUUUCCUAUUGAAGGUAAAAAGUUCAGCUCAAUAAUAGAUCCGCGUUUGGAGGACCAGUAUUCUUUAAGUGCAGCUCGAAAAAUUGCAAAAGUAGCAGAAAGUUGUUUAGUGAAGAGUUAUAAGGAGCGGCCAGAUAUGAGUGUGGUGGUUGAGAAGUUGAAGGAAAUAAUGAAGACAGCAACAGAUGGUGGAAGCCCUGACAAGAAGGGUAGCAGUCCUGUUGAGAAUGAAGCAGGUGAGCCAGAGAAGGGGAAAGACGUAGGGGUUUCAGAAUCUGCUAGAAGACGGUUUGCUCACCUCGCGAAGCUUGGUGAGCAGGUUGAAGGUGUUGGUAAGAGAAGAUUUAUGAUCAUGCAGAGAGCUAAGGUCUCAUGAAUGCAUCUCCUAGGGAGAAACUAACUUUUGGAAUCAACAGGAGGCCAGGAGCUAAUGUGAGAAGCCUAAAGUUUCAGAAAGUGCUAAAGUGCUAAAAAUUUAGAGGAUCAUUAUCCUGAAACCUAUCCAUGUAAAUCCUGCUGUUAAAGGAAAGACUCGUGAAUCGAUUAAAGCUUAAGGUUCUUAAGCUUUAAAUUAUGGAAAGAUGAAUAACAUAAGCAUAAAUGAAAAUCGUGAGUUUUGAAA